AUGGAAUCCUCAAUUCCAAGUUCAGACAACUUGUUGGCUGCUGGGGUAGUCGGUCUUCAAGAAGAACAAAAUACAAUUGGCCGUCUAACACCAUGGGUUGCAUAUGCGACGUUUGUGGUCUGUUCGUUCUCUUCUCUCCAGUUUGGAUAUAAUACUGGAGUUAUGACAGCGCCAUCUAACUAUAUAGAAGACUUUUUAAAUUCGUCUUACACUCGCUAUGGAACGAUAUCUGACACUGGAUUGACUUGGUUAUAUGCUUUAACCGUAUCUCUAUACACCGUUGGUGGCGCCUUUGGUGCUCUUGCAGCGGCGCCUAUGGGCGAUAUACUCGGAAGGAAAGGUGCACUACUUCUAAACAAUGUGUUUUCUAUAUCUGCUGGAUUAAUGAUGGGUUUCUGUGAUUAUGCAGAUAACUUUGAACUGUUGAUCAUGGGAAGAAUCAUUAUUGGAUUCUAUGCAGGCGUCGCCAUCACUAUUGUACCUUUGUUUUUGGCUGAAAUUUCUCCCAAGAGCAUCCGUGGCGCCGUGGGAGUCAAUCACCAGCUGGCCAUCACUGUUGGAAUAUUGAUCGCACAGGUACUGGGGCUGUACGUAUUGGACGAUGAGGACAAUUGGUAUAUCUUAUUAUCGCUGACAGGGGUGUUAGGUGCUAUCGAAAUAUUCUUAUUGCCUUUUUGCCCAGAAAGUCCAAGAUGGCUGCUGAUCAUCGAUCGAAAUGAAACAGCUGCCAAACAAGCUCUCGCGAAAUACACUGGCACGUCGGACGUGACGGCGGCACUUACCGAAAUGAAAAUAGAGAAUUUAGAGGAGAGCAAAGAACCUAAAGUUGGAGUCAAAGGGCUGUUCACAAAUCCCAACUACCGAAUGCCGUUACUCAUCAGUGUGGUGUCGCACGCUGGUCAACAGUUAUCGGGCGUAAAUGCGAUAUUCUUCUACGCGACGGAGAUUUAUGAGAUGAUUUGGCCAAACAAUCCAAGUGCGGUAGAAUACGCUACGGUGGGCACUGGCGCCAUCAACGUCUUCAUGACUAUAGUCUCGGUUUUUAUUAUUGAGAAAACUGGUCGGCGCAAACUACUUAUUUUUCCUUAUAUAGGUACUGUUAUUUUCUGUGGGAUAAUUACACUAUCACUGAGUUUAACGGAUCCAAACGAGCAAGAUGCGUGGACAUUUAUAAGUCUGGCCUGUGUAUACGGAUAUGUUAUAUGCUUUGCUAUUGGUCCAGGCCCUAUACCGUAUAUUCUUGUUGCCGAGAUAUGGUCGCAAGGACCACGCCCUGCUGCCAUGAGUUUAUCCAUCCAAGUCAACUGGUGGUGUAAUUUUGUAGUCGGUCUUACUUUCCCAGUUCUACAGGAGAGCAUUGGUGAAUUUACCUUUCUGAUCUAUAUGUGCUUUUUGUUCUGCACUGUUGUAUUCACAUUUUUCUUCGUACCAGAGACGAAAAACAAAACGUUCGAAGAAAUCGUAUCUAAUUUCCGUAAAGACCCGAAGCAGCCCGAAGAAGUUAUGUUAGCUUUGACAAACCAAUAGAUUUAGCGUGAUUCACGACACAUAUCUGAAUAUGUUCAAGUCAAUUUUGCUUUGGUUGGUAAAAUAUGAUAAUACGAUUUUUCUGAAUAAUUUUUUAUUCUACUGCAAAAAAUAUGACAUCAUUGUACUAACUGUGUUCUUACGUCAUCAUUGCCUGAAUUCUAUUCAAUGUGCUAGUUAAUGGUGUUAUUGUAAUAAUUUGAA